CAAGCUAGACUUGUCACCUCUUCUUUGCAUUCACCAAAUCUACUUGACUUUGCAGGUUUCAGGCUUUCAGCAAGCAAUGGCCAACUCCAUUUUGAGAUUCUCUGAUAAGGGAAGCAAAGCUCAUCAUGCAUUGGGACUCCUCUGCCUCAUGCUUUUGAUGCAAAACUCUUCUGCUGCAAGAGAUUUUCUUAUUCACUGGAAUGUUCCCUCUAAUAAUUCUGCUUCCUUCUAUAAUCAAUGGGCCGGAAAUAACCGAUUUCAGAUCGGGGACUCUCUCGUGUUCAAUUAUUCAUCUGGGCAAGAUUCAGUGCUGGAAGUGACAAAGGAUGCCUAUGAAAACUGCAGAACAGAGUCUCCUUUAGGAAAAUUCACAGAUGGCCUCACUGUCUUCACUUUCAAUCGCUCUGGGCCUUUCUUCUUCAUCAGCGGCAACAAAGACAAUUGUCUCAAGUUUGAGAAACUCAUUGUGGUGGUCUUGGCUGAUAGAAGCAAGCACCUGGCUCCAGUCCCGCCUUCUCCAGGGGCAGAGCCUCCGGUAAUCUACCAAACUCCAGCUCCUGCACCUACACCAGGCGCUGCUGCUUCGACCUUCAUCGGUCUUAUAAACUCUUUCGGAGUAUUUGCUGCUGCUGCUGCUUCUCUUCUUCUGGCAUUCUAAGAUUGCAUCCAUGGAUGGUACGUUUGGAAUCUCUCAAUAAAUGCAUCCAUGGAUCGUUUGUUU